AAUAGCGACUCGCUCUGCAGCCUGCUUCCAUACAUAGUUUAUAACACAAAAUUAUUAAAGGAAGCUCUGACUCUAAUGUCUACGGGAGCUUUAGUUACGGUUGUUCAGCCAGUAUGGGUAUGGUGAGUACAGGAAUUUUCCUAAACUUUGUCCCUCUGGCUUUAGAUGGCACUGUGACUUUGCAAGUUGAUCAUUUUCAACAAGGUAUUACAUUAUAUGUAGUUAGACUUCUAUUAAUUAAAUUGGUACAAUGAGCACUUUUAGUCAUUAUUUUGAAUUUUUGUUACAUCAAAAUUUAACCUUUUAUGCAAUUAAGUGUAGUUGCUGAUGAAUUUUACUUCCAUGGAAGGGAAUGCAAAAAUUUCCUAAGUAUCAGACUGUCGGAAAAAACGAAUUUCAAUUUGAAGAAUAUUACUGCAGAACUUGUCUCAAAAUGACUGUCAAUGCUAAUGUGAAUAGCACUCGAGCAGUGUAGUAACAGACCAUAUUCCUGAAGUUAGGUUUAUGUUAUGUGUAGUGGUAAUUCUGAGACUUUCAUUCCAUAGGCUAUAUUCCACAUUUGCCAAUAUCGUUCCACUUUGCUAUGUCACUCUCAUGCCAAUGUCGCCUAUGAGCAUGGAGGCAUAAUAGGUUGGUAUGAUGCCAAUUCAGAGAUGAUGGAAUCGUGAAGAAUGAGUGAUAUCGAUAGAACUGCAAAGGUGUAUAACAGUGGCAUGAUGACAAUGUGAUACCUAUCUUGAAAUUGCAACUUAUAUGACGGCAAUGUAACAACGACGCCAUGAGGACAACAAGAUGACGACUAUAUCAAGACAAUGGCAUGACAACAAAUAGAUGAAGAAGCAGGAAUGCCAAUGAUGGCACAUGACAGCAUUGGUGUGUAUGACAAUGAUGGCAUUAUGAGAGUGGGGUAUUGAAGCUGGAGUGAUGACAAUGGCACAACCACAACAGUUGUGGUAUGACGAUGGGUGCAUGAUAGCGACUGUCUGAUGGCGACGCAAUGACAACGAUGGCAUAAUCACAACUGAAUGACAAAUGUAUGGUUAUGAUAGAAUUAUGAACAAUGAAUGACGUCGAUAGAUUGACAAAGAGGAUAUAAUGACAAUAGGAUGACAAUACUGAAACGAUGGCAAUGGUAAUACAACAGCGUGACGACGAUGGCAUGAUGACGACAUGACGAGUAUCGGAUGUUGAAGUUACAAUGAUGACGUUAAAAUAACCGCGAUGGCAUCCCGACGAUGGUGUAACAACAAAUGUAUGAUGACGACGAUGUAGGGAUGACAAUGGCAUGAGGACAAUGGAAUGACGACGAGUGUAUGAUGAGUCCACCAGGAAACCUGUAUAAUGACGAUGGCGUAACGACGACGGCAUCACAAAAGUUAGAUAACGAAGCUGGAGGGACGAUGAUAGCACAACCACGACAGCAUUACGGUAACCGUCUGGCAAUGGAGGCAUAAUAGCGACUGUCUGAUGAUGACAAGGACAGCAUAAUGACGAUUGAAUGGCAGUAUGAUUAUAAUGCAAUGACAAAGAAAGAUUGACAUGCAUGGAACAACAAAGGCAGUAGGACGACGACGGCAUUACUAGAGUCAGAUGACAAAGUUGGAAUGACAACGAUGCAACAACCACAACGGCAUCACGACGUUGACAACAUACCAGUGGCGUAAGCUAUUAGACAACUUGGACCGCUAGGUCAGAGUAGGUGUGAUGGCUACAGCAUGGCGAGAGUCGGAUCGUGAAGCUGGAAAGACGACGAUUGAAUGACCAUGACAGCUUCACUAUGGUGGUGUGACAGCGAAUGCACGUCGACUGUAUGACAACAAUGGCUUGACGACGACGCCAUGACUAGAGUCGAAUGACAGUGAUGCAAUGACCAUGAUAGCAGCACGACCCAAACACAUACCUAGUUCUAGUUGCCUAAGCUAUUAGACAACUUGUGCCACUAGGUCGAGACAGCAGGCUUGACAAUAAGAUCACGAAGCUGGAAUUGCAACAAUGGAGCGGCCACAAUGGUAUCACGACGAGGAGCGCGUACCUAGUGGACAACUUGGGCCACUGGGUCGGCAUAAAAUGCUAGACAGACAAACAGACAGACUCAUGAUGAUGGAUUGCUCAUGAUGGGUUUGCGUAAUGUUUAACGACAAUCAAGUGUCUGCUCAUGUCAGCCCUAUAGCGGAUCCAAAGUGGGUUCGGGGAGGCUGUGCUUUCACACCACUCCCUCGACAUGCCGGUACUUCAGCACUGCAGUGAGCGCACCCCUACCCCCUUGCGCUCUUGAGCCCCUCUCUCUUACACUUUUCCGGACCCACCCCUGCAUGUCAGCCAACGUUCUUUGCUUGCUGGCUCCCAUUUUGCAGUUACCGGCUGCUGUCUUGCGCAAUUCGUCACGAAUUGUUCAAGCUCUCCUCACCGGCAGUGUGGUAGUUGGCUGGCUGAUAGGCUAUGUUCAACGCAGUGGUUUAGAACGAUAGCGCAUGCUAGCUCAUAAACACUGAGUGCUUGGAGUGGCAGCGACGAGUAGCGAGCAGCGCGGUGAACGUUUCUAAAAAAAUUAAGUGGAGUGCAGCGUCAACACGCCGCAAAAGAUUACUUCAGACAUCGGUGCGUCGUUUACAUGAAGCCGGACGGUGUCGAUAACAGUGAUUGAGGCAACAGCAGUGUAGUGUACCAGAUUUUAGUACACUAUAGCAGUGGAACGAGACUGUAUUCUUUUACAAGAACGUUCAUUGAAGGGCGCGUUAGUCGCCGGAUGCCAACAGUGUAUAUAUCUGCAUGAAAAAAAACCUUCGAUGGGUACGCGUUUCUCACAAGCUUAUGAGUUCCAGAUAAGGCAUUUGCAACGGCAAAUUAAAUAUUUCGUCAAAGUUUAUUAUACAACCCGGGUUGUGGCAGAGGCUGGGAAAUUAGUUAGUGGGGCUGCAACGCGAAUGUAGAAAUCGUCUGUUAAGGGCCUGCUGGCACAUGCUGUCGCACGAGAGCCUUGGGUGUCUGAACCAGUGUUGCGGAGUUACUGGAAUUUGGAAUAACUCCGGCAUUAUUCCACAUUUUCCCGACCACGGAAUCGAUUGGGAAUAGAAUGGCAACAACUCUUGGAGGAACUGAAUGGGAAUGGAAUUAGGCACCUUUUGCCCGGAACGGAAUGGAAAUGUAAUUACGCCUUUUUCCGAAACUAGAUAGCUUUUUCGUCUACACAUCGUUUUUUGUCAAAAUAAGCGGAAGGACCAACCAGCCUAAAUUCAAACAUUAGUAAGUCAGAGCCUCGAAUUUAACAAUAAAGCAGUAUUUUUAAGAUGGCUUGGCAGUUUACAAGCAUGGUACAUUUAUAAGCAACGCGCCUGCUACAAUUCUGUCCUGACUGAGUUGCUCCGAAGUAACUGCGACCACGGCGGUGCCUCCCCGAACACCGACGCGACGAUUCGCACUGAAGAUAGCCCACAUUCGCUCUGUUCUAGGGUGUGAGGACGGAGGGGGGUGGGCAGGUUCGGAGGUUGCGUUUUUACAAUUGGUAGUAGGUACAGCGGGGCGGGGCAUUUCUCACGGCGCUUGGCGUUUCUGCGCAGGCACGAGUAAGAGUGAGUGCGAGAGAGAAAAUCUGGGAGCCUUUGCUCCUUGAAUAUGCGAGUCUGCCUAGGCACAUCGGAGGAGGUUUCUUAAUGCGUGUUGUAUGUGUUUGUCCCCUAGGCGUGGCGGAGUGCGCGGUCCAGUUUGUUUACGCUCCGCUGCUGGCUGCCCGCGCGGUGAGGCAGUGUGCACCGACGCCCCAUUUGGUGAUUGCUGUGUCUGAAGGGACAAGGUUCUGACUGGUGUUGUAUAACUCGUGGAUCGCUUUUUUAGUCGCGACGAUAGAUUGCAUUUUUUACAAGCACUGCUACAGGAGGGCACAUGUAACCGGCAAAUGGAGGCCUCAGGAGAGCACCUGAGGUUAUAUUAAAGCAGGCGGCACGGGAUCUCCAGGGCACCCAAGCGGUAGCGGGGGGAUCAAAGCUGGAAGCAGGGCGGCCCGUGGGUUGGGGCCGUGGAGGCUGAAGCGUGUCAGGGGGCGUUCGCAUAAAAAAAUUGGCUGUCCGCUAUAGCAGACAGCCAAUUUAUUAACUCCUUAGAGAUGUUCGAGGACUAAGCUAUAACUUUAGCUUGAUUAAUAUUUGCCUAUAGUGUCCCUUUAAUAAAGCAAGAACAUAGAUUUCGGAUAGUGCUUCUUGUCCUUUUGAAGGUUUCGUCCAUACAAGUUCAGGACGCUUCAUAACCCUUCUGUCCUCGUGCCUCCACAUUCUCGGCCGAUCACACACAACGAGUAAAUAUGUGUCCCAGUUCCUGGGGUCAUCGUCAUCAUCGUGCCCUUUACGCGCUCCUUGCGCCGGCUGACUGGUCACACCCGCGUAGUGGGCAAGUGCCACACUUCCGUGAGCGAGCUAGCAACCUCGUAUAGCAAAAUCAUGGAGUCCGGUCGCGAUCUCCCCGACAGUCCGAUGACUCCUCCUCCGGACGCUGCCGUAGAGGAGGACGUGGGCGCCUGGCAGAUGGCUGGCGCUUCACCAUCAGCCAGCGUUGCAGGCAUAGACAUCAGCGCUGCGUCUCCCGUGCCUCAGCAGGCGGUAGUGACGUCCCCUGCUCCGUCUACCAGCACCAUGAAGCUGCAAAGUAGCGAGGGACAUGUCUUCGAGGUGGACCUGCAGACGGCCAUGGUGUCCGGAACGCUGCGAACCAUGAUGGAAGACCUAGGCAAGAUGAACACGGACGCCGACGAAGUGGUGCCGCUGGUGAACGUUAGCACGGCGACGCUGAAGAAGGUCCUGCAGUGGGCCACCUACCACAAGGACGACUGGCUGCUGCUGGCCGAGGACGACGCGGCCAUCGGGGUGCGCCAGCCACUGUCCUCGUGGGACGCCGAGUUCUUCAACGUGGACCAGGCCACGAUCUUCCAGCUGAUCGUGGCUGCAGACUACCUGGACAUCAAGGGUCUGAUGAACUCCGCCUGCCGGAUGGUAGCCAGCAUGAUCCGCGCCAAGACUACCGACGAGAUGAGGAAGCGGCUGUGCAUCAGGAACAACUUCACUCCCUCCGAUGAGCAGCUGUUUUCGAUCCAGGCAACAAGAAACUCACGACUUUAUGGCGACCACCGUAUCCCGCAACGUAUACGGAAACAACGAGUCUGCGGUUUCAGUUCAAGCGGUCUCGAGUCUCUUCGGGGUCCAAGCAGCGGAAGUGGAAAGCCAUCACUUCCCCAGGCAGGAUGAGUGCACGGGAAACGUCUCGAAGAAAAUAAAAGAAGGAAGAAAAGGAAAACCAUGAAAUUGGGGUAAAGUGU